AUGCUGGUAUUGUCGGCGUCACUUUGGAGCCUUCUGUUGCCCCUGAUUGUGGCCAUUUCUCUGUUGGAAUAUGGGCGCAGAGCUAUCCGAUCCAAGUCGUUGCCUCCAGGACCUUCUACGUGCCUGUUUAUUGGUAUUUGCUAUACUUCGACGAAAUGGGCCGGAACAUAUAGGUCCAUGCUGGGCCUAAAAUUAGGCCCACAGAACCUAAUUGUCCUUAACUCCGCAAAUCUAGUGAGAGAUCUGUUUGAUAAGCGAGGGGCUAUCUAUUCCAGCAGAACCCCGAGUCACAUUGGUAACGAGUUGAUCACUCGUGAUAAUACCCAUCUGCUCCUGAUGCCUUAUGGUCAAGCAUGGCGCAAUCAGAGGAAGGUAUAUCAGUCAAUUCUUAAUAUUACAGCCGUUGUGUCCUUGCAGCCGUUACAAGCUGCCGAGGCUGUUCUCACCAUGAGCCAACUCAUAGAAAGCCCUGAGAAGUAUUAUGACCAUAUUCGUCGCUACUCUACAGCGGUUAUCCUUUCUUCAGUCUUUGGAAUUCGAGGUCCUAAUUUUAAUCACCCAAACAUCCAACGACUUUAUCACGUCCAAGAUCAAUUUACUGCCAUCCUGGAAACAGGUGCUACGCCCCCUAUCGAUAUAUUCCCAUUCCUAAAACACCUGCCGACCUUCUUAGCUCCGUGGCGGAGAUGGGCUCUAUCGAUCCGGGCUGAGCAACGGCAGUUAUAUUUCGAACUCCUGGAUAAUGCAAAAAGCCGGAUACAGCGAGGAGUCCAUCGGAAAUGCUUUAUGGACGAUAUAUUGGGCGAAGCUAAGCCAACCAAGUUCGCAUUAGAUGAUGAGCACAUCGCUUAUAUCGGUGGUGUACUGAUGGAGGGCGGGUCGGAUACCACCGCCUCUACCCUUCUUUCAUUCCUGAUGGCCAUGAUGAAACAUCCUGAGGUGCUCCGUAAAGCGCAAAAGGAGGUAGAUGAAAUCUGUGGACUGCAGAGAUCACCAAAUUUUGAAGACGUGGGAAAGCUAACAUAUGUUCGCCAAUGUAUGACGGAGGUACGUUGGUGUUCACCGUUCCCCUUAACACGACCUAACUCCUAUGUAGACGUUGAGAUGGCGUCCAGUCGCUGCCGGCGGUAUUCCUCAUGUGUUAAUUCAAGACGAUACCUAUCAAGGCUACUACUUCCCAAAGGGAUCAAUGUUUAUAGCGAAUACCUGGUAAGUCGAGUCUUGCUCUGGAGAAGAAACUCGCUGAUUUGGUGUUGCAGGGCAAUUCAUCAUGAUCCUGAGGUUUAUGAUCGUCCGGAAGAGUUUAGACCCGAGCGAUACGAGGGGAAUGAGUUUGGGUUCAAGAGCGAUCCCCAAGAUCCAAGUAGUUUGCGGAAAACUUAUGCUUUUGGAGCCGGUAGAAGGAUUUGUCCUGGUCAACAUCUUGCUGAAAACUCUCUGUUGAUCAAUAUGGCUAAGCUUGUGUGGACUUUUAAUUUGCUACCUGGUAGAGAUUUUACCACUGGGAAGCAAUUAUCAAUCUCGGAGAUCGACGACUCUAUUGCGACUGCGUGGACAAAUGGUUUUCUUACGGCUCCCAAGAAAUUUCCCCUUUCCCUGGUGGUGCGAUCUCGUGAACAUGAGCAAAUCAUUAGGCGAGAGUGUUUAGAGGCAGAAGAAGUCUUUAAGAAUUACCAGGAUUAA